AUGGGUAAUAUAUGUUCGAUAACAACCGAAGAAGGCAGUAUAUUGCCAGAAGGAUUUGGGCUGUACGAUCAGUAUGGAAAAUUUUACAAACCCGUCAUUUUGGAGUAUUACGAACGACUAAUUGCCAAAGAUUUGGUCCGAGGACGAUCCGAACAAAAAAAAGUUACGACAAGCUCCGAAAUCACAGAUUUAGAUUAUACACUGUCAAAAGAAUUCAAGCAAGUAUUGGAUGAUCAUGUGCGAACAGUGUCAAAUAUCAAAAGCGAAACCGAUUUCAACGAUUACCUUUCUGGCUGGAAGUCAAAAAUAAUAGCGGAACUUGAAAGAAAAGCCACUGAUCCUUGCCAGAUCGAUAUUGUCAAAGGAUAUCUGAACAGCACAUUCAAGAAAAUGAUUUACACCGACUAUUUUGCUCCAACAACAGAACAAAAGAGAAAGAAGAAAAAGAAGCAACGUCGAAAGACGAAACGCACGUCAAAUCAGACGUGCCAAGUUAUUCGCAGGGACGCGAUGUUAAUGGGCAAUGCGAUAUUGGAAAAUCUCAGAAAUGAGAAUCUUCUCUCAGAAAUGUAUAAGGGAGCUGUGAAUAUUUUCGAUGCGUGUGAUUGCGAGUUUUCAAAAGAUGGACGAGGAAUUGAAAACUCCACAUUGUUUGAAUGGGCUGUACAUGUAAAUCAUAAGCUUCAUGCAAUAUCACACGCUCAAGAAAUGAUCAUGAAUAUAAAAGCAGUGUCUGAAAAUCUUGCCGAGAAUAUCCUCGACGAUCCGCGACGCUGGGCUAUGGCACUUUCAGAAUUCGAGCAGAGUAAGAAAAAGAAGCAAACGAACUUGGAUGAGCAAAUUGCAGAGAAUAUAUCGUCUAGAACGCCACGCAGAAAAGCUGCCAUAGAAGCAAUGAGAAGAACUGCGAAACAGGCGGGAGUGAAGUUUCGGCUGAACAACGGAAAACGCCGAGCCGUUCAAAAUUAUUCCGAGAAUGAUGAAGAUGAAGACGAAACAGACAGAGAAUCAUAUGGAAGUGGUCAUUUUGAGAAGCAGAAAUCUGUUGCGGAAGAUAGAAACCCCACGUCGUGCUAUGAAAAUUCAGAAACACGGAUUUCACGGCGCUGCCGAAAUUUUGAUGAAACAUGCAAUCAUCAAUCUCUAUCGGCUUCAUCUAGUUUGACUAAUGCACUUCCAAAUAUGGCUAGAGAGUCUGCUCCGUCGCCGAUUCCGACGUUGCGCUGUCGGCAAGACUCGCUUGAUACAAAUCCGAGCCAGCAGGUUUCGCUUAUUCCUGCACCGUCAAAAAUGAUUGCUAGUAUCGGGUUCUUUGAGAAUGGGGCAAUUAACAUCAAUUUGGGCCCUGAGAAUUGGGAUAGAACGAUAUCGUUCAUGAAAUCCAUCAUUCCGACGUUUCAAACUCCGAAUUCGAGUGAUGCGUUUGGUGAAUCAGCGGUGCCAGCAACUUCUCCUUCUACUCAACCACUUCAGAAUGGUUUUGAUCAGUUGGCUGCAUUUGACAAUAUUCUUAACAAAUGA